CAUCGUUCCUCCGCAGCGAGCCGAACACGCGCGCAGCCAGCAUUGGCCGCCUUAGCUCGGAGCGCUCCCCCACUCAGAGCGCCAUUGGCGGCAGGCGUGCUCUGGGCGGUAUAAAUUAUGUACAAUUAGCGCAUCCCAUCGCAAUGAGCGCGGCUCGCUGGCGCGCAGCACCAGUAGCGGGCAGCAGCAGCAGCGCACCCUGCUGAUGCAGCGGCGGCGGCGGCAAUAGCAGCAGCAGCAGCGGCGGCAGCAGCGGUGGCUGAGCAGACGCGCAGCAGUAGCGGUAGCGUUUGCGCGUCUCACGCAUGCAUCGCACGGCUUGCGUUAUCGGAAUAUGUAACAUGGCCGUCGACGCCUCGUUGCAAAUAGGCAUUUAAAGAGGAGGUUUACGGGGGGGGGGGGGGGGGGGGAGUAAUAAUUCAGAGACAAAGGGAUGCGAAGGUGGCGUGAGCCAGGGAGUAGCAAGUUACUGAUCGAAUAAGAACCCCGCCGGUCGUGGUGCGCUCGCGUGUUGCAAAGGGAGGCGGUGCAGACAGACGGGGCAGACGGACAGACAAACAGGCAGACCGGCAGUCAGACAGGUAGACAGGCAGGCAGACGAGCAAGUAGGCGGAGCGUGCGCAAUUGAAUUGUGGAACCAUUCACGUUGCACCGUGGUGGUGGCGGCGGCGGUGGCAGUGGUGGUGUGGGUGGCAUGCGUUGCGCGCGGCGCCGACACGGCUAGAUUUGGACGGAUUUUAAACGCGAGCGGAGGGCGAGGAGGUUUCUGUCGCUGUUGUUGGCUGAGCCCAGCGGCCAUGGACGUGCUGCCCAGCUACAGCAUCUUCCACGAGCUCCAGCUGGUGCACGACACCGGCUACUUCUCGGCACUGCCGUCGCUGGAGGAGAUCUGGCAGCAGAUAUGCCUGGAGAUGGAGAGGUAUCUGCAGAGUGAGCCGAGCAGCUGCCGCACAUCCGAGCCGAACGCGGAGGUCCCCGAAAGGCAGCCGGAAGCUGAGACGCCGCGCGAGCGCCCGUGCGCGUCCAGGGAGCCCGUGCAAGCCACGCCUGGACCAGCCGCUGAAGAGGAGAAAAGGACAGAGGCCCAUGACGUCACCUCGCCGAGCCCGGCAGGAUUUGAGAGCGACUCGCCGGGACCGGCGGACGCAAUGGACACGGCUGCCGACGGCGCGCUUUGGGAUCGUUUGGCCGACGUGUCGGACUGCAGCGUGAGCGACGAUCCGGAGUUCCCAAUGCCGAUCACCGUCCUCGCUCUGCCGGGCAAGGGCCAGAACACGGAGGCCCCGACGGCGGAGGUGAACGCGUCAACCAGCCUCAUCACGCCCCCGUCGUCCCCCAAGCUGGAGCGCUGCGGCCUCCCCACGCCGACCGUCUCGCCGUGCGCGACCGGGAAGCAGCAGCAGCAGCGGCGGGAGUCGCCGCCGCUCGUGCCGGCCGAGAGGGGCGUCAAAGAGGGCUGGGCGCCUCGGAGGCUGCGCAAGUUCGUGGGCGACGGGAGCGGCGAUGCGAUGCAGGACAGCAAGAAGAGGAUUCACCGCUGUCUGUUCAGCGGGUGCCGCAAGAUUUACACGAAGAGCUCGCACCUCAAGGCGCACCUGCGCACGCACACAGGUGAGAAGCCCUACAAGUGUUCGUGGGAGGGGUGCGAGUGGCGCUUCGCGCGGAGCGACGAGCUGACGCGCCACUACCGCAAGCACACGGGCUCCAAGCCGUUCAAGUGCGCGCACUGCGACAGGAGCUUCUCAAGGUCUGACCACCUGGCUCUGCACAUGAAGAGACAUAUCUGAGUCUCGCAUCCACCUCCCUUGGACUCCUCAGACUUUGCACUCCGAUGCCAACGAUGACCGCCACAGCCGCCGCCACAGCGCUGCCGACUCCCAGCAAGAACACAUUGGUUCUCCUCGGUGAUUAAACGAAACACAGAUCGGAGGGUCCUAUUUUCCGAGUGGGCAUUUGGUAAAACAGACACCAAGUGUGAUUACUUGCUUCUAGUUGAUCCAUGCACUGUGCGCAUUCUUGUGAAAUAAGUGUUGAAUUUCUAUGAUUUUUAAACAGUCUUUUAGACUGUGCUAUGAAACUGUUUUGCCCAUCGACGUGUGGGCUCCGAAAUCGGAAACAAAGAUUUUAUUAAAGUUGGGAUAUAAUCGUCCCAGGAACGAUGAGAAAGUUGUGUGCUUUGGCGCGCUCAAUACAUUUCUAAGAACUGCCCUCCGUUUUUCAUUAUCUUUCGUCUCGCUUGGAUAUCUGUUGCACCCUUCAACAAUAUCCCUGCUUGAUCUAAAAUGGGGGGGGGGGGGGGGAGAUAAAAGAUAAAUAAGGACACUUUAAUACUUUCAAUGUCUUAUUCUUAUGCAGUCACCUGAAGAAAGGCCACAUGCUUCACUCGUGGUAGUAAUUUUUUAGCGAAUCAAUUUGAAAACAUUUGACACCUUGGAAAAUGAACAGAGUCCAGACAAAUGUCUCUGGCUUUGAUUAAAAAUGUGCAGCGCUGCACGGGCAGCACCGUUAAAGAGCUGGGUGGCUGCUGGCCCUUCCAUUGCGCUCGCAAAUGCAAUGUCGGAAGACGGAGAAUGGGAGGCACAAACCACAACGAUAAAAAUCCAUGGAUUGCACCUUUGCUUCAAGCGGACAGAAAGCAAAUAGAACGGAAACACAUUAAAGGGAAAGGUCUCGGGGUUUUAUGUGUUCCGUAUUUCACGCUUCCUUGCCGGUGCAAUGUUGGCAAGUUUAGGGCGGCGUCGAUACUCUGUUAUGUUUUCAAAGUAGAUCGUGAGUAAGGAAAGCUUUCAAAAAAACACAGAGCCAUUCAUAGAAACGGUGAAAUAAUCUUGUUUCAUCAGGGGGAAUCUUUUUUUUCCAUUGUCACGUUAUCUGUCCCAAUGGCACCCGUAACGUGUCCGCGAAAUGCGUGGUAUAAUUGGGUUUUUAACAUCCUCCUGUCUGGCUUUCCAGACGAAACGAAAUUAUCUCCUCCUGGUUACAUCCGAGAGUGGUGCCUUAAAUGUCAUGCAUUGCGUGUACACGCCAUCCGUCGGAUUAACCGUCACACGUUGACAUUUAAUGAGGAGGUGCAAUAACAACGCCUGUUGUGUUUGUGCCCUUACACCAUUGAUUUGACACCAUAUUAGCCAUGUUGCAGACUCGAUCAUUAUGCGGACUGUUACCAACAAACAACACUAUCAAUAUGCACUUACAAUGGAUGUCAAAGACACCCUCAAGGUGUUUGCCUUUGAUGCUUGGGUACAUUUUUGUAAAGGACAUGAUAAGAGGGCAUUUUUCCGUGCUGUGAUUGCUUUGCUGUUUUUUAUUUUAGCGAAUUAAUAAUGUUUUUUGUUGAGGAGGGGAGGUAAUUUGUGUCGUUGCUACUUAAAUUAUUGUGUACUGGAGUAACUUACAAAGCACUAUCAGGUUAUAAUUGAGAGCCAUAUUGUUGGUGUUAUAAACUACUUAAUUGUUUUGUUGUUGUACAAUGAGGAAUUAUCUCUGAAUUCACGUAUGAUAGUGCUCAGUAAUAUAUAUGCUGUUCUUGAUAACGCAUUCUCUAUUUUUUAAAACCAAAUGUACAGUAA